CUUAAGAACUAUGACAGAACUGGUCAAUACGAGUAUGUCAUCGACGGUUCAUAACUGGACAUCAGAUCAUGCAAUUGAUGGUAAUGUAGGCCCAGACCCUGACGUCUGCAACUGCUGUAGCGGCACACAAAACUCUCAAAUAUCAUGGUGGAUGGUAGAUAUGGGCAAACGGUUCCCAGUAAAUCUCAUUACAGUGUACAGCAGACGUAAUGAACAAACGUUUCAGCAACUGACAGAUUUUCAACUUUACUUUGCCAACGGCACCAUGGCAUAUUCAUAUGUUUUAAUCGGAAACAAUACUAGAAAGGUUUUAGGCAGCAAGCAUGAACUAACAUUUCCAAGUGUUGUAACGAGAUACAUCAAAAUACAGAGGCCUGGCAUAUUGACAUUGUGCGAAGUUCGUGUUUACAAAGGGGAAUGUCCGGUUGGAACGUUCGGGGACGAAUGCCUACAAAGAUGUCACUGUGCAGAUGAGCGAGCAUGUGAUGCAAUAACAGGUCAUUGCCAGUCACCUGCCUGCAAAACAGGAUGGAUUGGGAUAGCAUGCAACAAACAAUGUCCACAAGAUACCUUUGGAGAUAAAUGCACUGAAACGUGUUUUUGUGCGGAGGGUACAUGUACCAAUAAUUACGGAAUAUGCCAUGGUAAAUGCCGAUCCGGAUACACUGGUUCACACUGUAAUGAAGUCGAAGUUAUUAAAACUGAAAAUAAGACAGACGUUCGCAGUAGCAGUGAGUAUCGUUCUGCCCAAAUAAUUGGAGUAGCAGUUGGUGGUUCUACAGCAGUUUUGUUUGUGAUUGUAGCAAUAAGUUUCAUCAUAUAUAAAUACAGAAAGAGAAACAGUACAAGUGAUAGCAAACAUGAUUACGCAACACCAGACAUCACUCAUGCACAGGUGGAAACAGAAUAUGACACAUUAGACAACUUGAAUGACAAUCAAGGCCAAGGCAACAACAGUUACGAAAAUGAGAGAGUCAGUGCCUUUUGACAUUCUACAUUUGUUUUAUUUCUAUUGAACAAAAGAUUGCAUGUUACGCAAACUGGUAACACCACUAAGCUAAUGAGAGUAUCACAUUAAAAAUUGAAUUAUUUUGAUGAUCUGCACCAUUACAAUUUACUUCAGAAUAAAGAAGCGACAGUUUUCUGGCUUGAAUAAAACUAUUUAAUAAAGAAACUGGGCUAAGAUGAGGACAAACUGAUAUUUAAAUAUCAUGGAUUCUUUCAUGAAUGGUACUAUGGGUACAUCAAAUACAACUUCCACAAAUUCAUACAUAUGU